GGGGAAUCCAGGACCACGCAAGUGAUUGGUCUGUACGAGAAGGCGGGAGAAUCCAAGACCGCGCAAGUGACUGUUCUGUACGAUAAGGGAGGAAUCCCAAAAAGCCGCCUUUCGCGGUCCUUCCGUUUGAUCAUGGCAUGUUCUGUCAAAUUCAACAGAAAAGCACUAAAAAUCAAAACGCCGAUUGUACAAGAGGAUUAAAAAAAGGGGGGUUUUUUUCAGGGUAGAAAUACAGAGAGACAGCGAUCCACUUCUCCAAAAAGUUGCUUUGAUUACAUGGGUUCACUGGGUUUUGGUCUCAAGUGGAUAGAAUCGCCGGCGACAAGAUUUGCUUGAUCAGAGCAAUAAAAAGCACAAUCAUCAUGGAGAGUCUUCCACGUGAGGUUGCAGUCGACAUACUAUCGAGACUGCCUAUAGCAUCAAUACUUCAAGCUAAGCUUGUGUGCCGAUCAUGGCGAAAUUUGGCACAAGACCCGCUUCUUCUUCGUAUGCAUUUCUCUGGUACGGCAGACGAAAACCCCUGUCUCGUCCUUCACUCCGACCAUCCCAUCCGGAACCAACUUCGUACUGUACAAUUCUCUGCCGACGAUGAAAACAUUGAGAUUGUAAGGGGAAUUGAUUUACCCAUGAUGCCCGAAUUCGAUGUUGUAGGUUCCUGUAAUGGGUUUUUGUGCUUUUGUGAUUCGUUCUACAAGAAUUCACUCUAUGUUUACAACCCUUGUAUCAAUUCCCACAAAGAGCUUCCGGAAUCUGCUCUGUAUCCUAAUCAAGAUGUGAUACUAGGAUUUGGUUUCCAUCCAAUGACAAAGGAAUUCAAGGUUAUUAGGAUAAUCUACUAUAGCAGAAGUCGUCCUGGCAUAUUUGCUCGCCGUAGAUUCUCUAGACAGCAAUCAGAAGUUCAAAUUUUGACUUUGGGUUGCAAAUCCUGGAGAAGUUUAGGACAAUUGCCUUACAAUCAUCUCAUUCAACCUUCUUGUCAAGUCUUGUUUCUGGGAAAACUUCAUUGGGUCUCUGAGCCUCACAGAGACAACCGUGGUACGAGGAUCAUAUCCUUUGACCUAGCAGAGGAGCAGUUCCAAAUUGUCCCUACACCGGAAAGUAGUAGCCUGGAUCGAAGUGGGUUUCAGCUGGUGGUUCUUGGGGAUUGUCUUUCUGCGGCAGUUUGGUGCUUAGAUGGAAGAUUGGAGAUUUGGGUUAUGAAGGAAUAUAAUGUGAAGGAAUCAUGGAUAAAGGAUUUCAACAUUGAUGGAAGUUAUGUGCCAAGAGGAUUGGAACAAGAUGUAGAUAUAUCUUUUGCAGAUUCAAAAUUCUAUUUGAAUAGUCCACUUAUUAGGGUUUUAUGCCUGUUGAUGAAUGGACAGAUCUUGCUGGAGUAUAAAUGCAGGGCUCUUGUUUCUUAUGACCCAAUACGCAGAACUUUCAAGGAUAUUCCCCAUCAAGGCUUGCCAGAUUGGUUUCUCACAGUUCAUGUGGGUAGCAGUCUAGACUGGAAUGACACACUCAUUGGCUGGUGAAUGAAGUUGCUUGUUCGAAGUGGAUGUCUCUUCAGUCCUGUGAGUUUGCUUGGUCGUUGAAUUUUCUGUUUGUAUGUAUAGAUCUUGUAUUUUAUCUAGAUCGUACUUAGGUUUGGACGGUGCAGAUUGAUGUUUGGCUCCAUCAUUAACUUUCUCUGUACUUAAAAAAGAACCCAACUUUAUUUUCUUU